CACAACCGCGGUUCCCAGACUUACCUACCCUGGGAUCCCUCGGUCCUGCUGAGGGCAAAGCACCAAGUGAAAAGUCUGCAGGCCCUUUUUGUCCAAAAACUCUCAUUUUAUCUCAUAAACUGUGGUAGGAACUAUGUUUUCUACUUAUGAGAAGUCGGUUAAAAAGGCAACGAAGAUAAAGCUUGCGGCUCCUAAAAGCAAACACGUAGAAAACCUACUGAAAGCAACUCAACAAGGAGGUCCUGUUUUGGAAAGUGUUGUUAACUGUCUAUGUGAACGGUUAAAGAAUAAUUCGUGGACUAUUGUCUUCAAGGCUCUGAUUGUCUUUCAUAUUCUCAUUCGUGAUGGAGCUCCAAAUGCUGUGAUCGAGUGUCUGACUCGUCGUGACCAUUCACUUGAAGUUCUGAAAGCCACUGCUCUGACAACUCAAGGUGAAAAUAUCCAUAACUACAGUCAAUACCUCCAAGAGCGUGUAAAACAGUACUCAAGAUUGUCCUGCGAUUAUGCUCGGCAAGGUGAUGGCCCAAAGGCUAAGCUGAAAGGACUGACUGUUGAACGAGGCUUGCUUCGAAACGUUGAAGGCAUUCAGGCUCAAUUGAGACGACUUUUAAAAUGCGAGUACAUGGUAGAGGAAGUCGACAACGAUAUUACCAUCACCUCGUUUCGUUUAUUAGUUGCAGAUUUGUUAAGUUUGUUUAAGGCUGUUAAUCUCGGUGUGAUUAACGUCCUUGAACAUUACUUUGAAAUGAGCUAUGUGGAUGCUGAGCAUGCUUUAAAAAUUUACAAAUGUUUUGUCACACAAACCGAGACAGUAAUUCACUUCCUUAGCUUUGCACGGUCGUUGGAAUUUGUCACUCGGCUUCAAGUACCCAAUAUCAAACAUGCUCCUACGGGACUGACGUCUUCGCUUGAGGAAUACCUGCAAGAUCCCAACUUUGAAAGUAACAGACAACAAUACAUGGACAUGAAACGGUCCAAGUCGAAACAACGUCCUCCCAACAUCGCUCCUCGUGCAGAGGCACCAGAGAAACCUUUCAGGAAGAAGCCUCCCGUCCCCGAACCUCAAGCAGCAGCCCCUGCUUACAACGGUGCUUCGCUGAAGGAUACUAAAAAAGAGGAGGAUGAUCGCCUAAACCCAUUUUUGAACUCAUCCUACCAGCAUGUUCAGUCUGCGCUUGCUGAACCAUUGACGCCAAUGUCAGAACUGACGGCGUCCACAGAAUAUAUGCCUCAAAAAGUUAUUGCUCCUGUUGGUACUCCAGGUUACAUGGCUAAUCCUUACGCUAUUCAGCAACAACAAAUGCAGCAACCGCAAAUGCAGCAACCGCAACCAUCAAUGAAUGUGACCAAUCCUUUCUUUCCUACCAUCGGUCAACAAGAGCCCGCUUUGCAGCAACCACCUUCUUUACCCGUUUCCCCAUCUUUUCCUCCUCCACCUUCAUCUAUCCAACAACAACAACCUCUCGUUCAACCUGUGAUGCCAAUGUAUCCUCAGCAGCCAAUGCUUACAGGAGCUCCACCUCCGGUCAACAUACAAACUAACAUGUACACCGGAGCGCCGGCACCGAUGAUCACAUCUCCGCAACCGAUGAUGGUUGCACAAAACAACACGCCUGGCUAUUCACCAAUGUCAUUCCAAACGAACGUUAACAACAAUGCCUAUAAUAGACGGUCGACUCCGAACCUGAUCCAAACCCCACCGACGACGAGAAAGUCCAGCAACCCGUUUGCUCUUCGCAGAACCUCUCAGCAGUUUAGUCAGGCGAACUGGAGAAACUCUAAUAACCCGUUUCGUCCUGCAUAACUUUCGUACUAAUUUCCUCUGCUCUUGAAGUUUAUGUGUUCCUUGUUUAUGUAGUCAUGUCUUUCACACGCAUGAGUGGUUCGAAGAGUUUUUAUGCAUCAAUCAUCUUCACUAUGGAAAAAUAUAGGAUAGUAAUUACCGCUAGCGGAUAGGAGUCGACGGCACAUCUUCGUUAGGGAUGACUCUUAACCACGUCUCUCUCGUUGUUCGAGACUUGUACGAACAGAGUUCUUGCCGGUCAUAUCCUGUGUGUUCCUACUGUUGAGUUGCGAUCACUUUCUGCUAUAAGUAGUAGUUCUAUUAUAUUUAAUCGUUACAAAUUCUUUACUUUUGAGAAAUCCAAUUCUGGAUGUUGUUCUAUAAAGUCCUGCAAAACCUUUUUCUUCUGCUGGUUUGCUGAAUGCUCACGCUGCUGUUUCUGUCUUUGUUCAGUCAUCAAUUUCUCCACGGUAGCACGCAUAUCUGGAUCGAGGUCCGUCAAGUUACUAUUGUCGGGCUCAAUUGUAGAUAUAUCAAUUUCUGGAUGUCCUUUUAUAACAGAUGACCACCAUUCCAUCUUAUUUGAUUUUUCAAGAUGAAUAACAAGUUUGCAUUGUUCCUC